UCAGACUGAGCAUUCUUGUUAGCGCACCGGCAGCGCAGUGGCACACACACACACACACACACGCACACACACACAAGCCUCUCCAAGCCCAUUUCUUAGAGAUUUUCGAGGGGAGUUUGAAAAAAGAAAGAAGAAGACAGAAACAGAGCACACGUGCGCUGAGGAGAAGCUGCGUGCGUCGCGCGGACGCUGGGAUACUCUCAUCGCGGACACGCCGCGCGUUCACAGGACGGAGGACCUUUAUUCUUGGCAGAUUUGGCUCUGCUGGCUUUCUGGGAGUCUUUCAUUUAUUCGCUUCUGAAAACCGCCCGAUGGAUCAGGCGACUAACCGCCCGCGCACCAGCAGAUUCUGACUCAUUCGUGACUGGCAGCGUGUGCGCGGUCCGGCGCAGAUCGGAACCGGCUCCGUUCUGUACUUUGUCGGGAACGAUGUGCGCGCUUUUCCCCCGCUUUCGUCCGCGCGGAGAGACGUGUUGCUCGGCGCAGCUGCGGAACUGAAAUCUAUCGCGAUCACGGAAUUACGGACUUUUUUCAGUCCACCUCAGCAGCGCAGCUGGCACGCAGGAGCACGUCUCCUGCCUCUCUCCCCUCUCUUUCUCUCCUUUCCUCUUUCUUUUUGAACAUUCGCUUCGGUCAUCGUUCGGUUGCCGGACCUAUGCCAGCUGACCGGAGCGGCUGGAUGAGGCCGACGCAGCGCGAGGACUGAGAGUGCCAUGCGGCUCCCGUGGCCACACCACCAAGCGCUCUAAACCAGAAAGUGGACAGAUCGCAGACAUGGGGUCCCUGGCGCGAGGCCGCUGGCUCAUGAUCCCCUUGCUGGUACAGGCCUGGCUCAUUGCUUCCCCCAGCAGAGUCCGAGAGCGCCCGUGCCCCCGGAGCUGCCGCUGUGAUGGCAAAAUAGUCUACUGUGAGUCAAAUGCCUUUCGCGAUGUGCCAAAGAAUGUAUCCAUGGGAUGCCAGGGCCUCUCUCUGCGCUACAACAGCUUGGUUAGCCUCAGGGCUGGUCAGUUUGCCAGCCUCAGUCAACUCGUGUGGCUGUACCUGGACCACAACUAUAUCAAUGCGGUGGACAGUCAAGCCUUCCAGGGUGUGCGCAGAUUAAAGGAGCUGAUCCUCAGCUCAAAUAAGAUCACACAGCUGGAAAACAGUACAUUCCAUACGAUUCCAAACCUACGUAACUUGGACCUCUCUUACAACAAGCUACAAGUGUUACAGCCUAACCAGUUUCAAGGAUUGCGCAAGUUGCUAAGUCUCCACAUAAGAUCAAAUUCCCUUAAGGUAGUUCCCAUGCGAGUGUUCCAGGAUUGCAGAAAUCUUGAAUUUCUUGACCUGGGCUACAAUCGACUGAGGAGUCUCACCCGCAAUGCAUUCGCAGGACUGCUUAAGCUGACUGAGUUACAUUUGGAGCACAACCAAUUCUCAAAGAUCAAUUUCUCUCAUUUCCCUCGUCUCAACAACCUUCGAGCUCUCUAUUUGCAGUGGAACCGGAUAAAGUCUAUAACACAGGGAAUUACAUGGACCUGGACCUCUUUGCAAAAGCUUGACCUCUCUGGAAAUGACCUGCAGGUGUUGGAUGCCAGCAUUUUCCAGUGUCUCCCUAAUUUGCAGACCCUUAACCUCGACUCCAACAAGCUUAGCAACGUGUCUCAGGAGGCUGUGGCAGCCUGGAUCUCUCUGACUACUAUCAGUCUAGCAGGAAACAUUUGGGACUGCAGUCUCAGCCUCUGCCCUCUUGUUGCCUGGCUGAGGAACUUCAAGGGGAACAAGGAGGCGACCAUGAUUUGCGCUGGACCCAAGGAGGUUCAGGGUGAGAAAGUUAUGGAUGCUAUGGACACAUUCGGAAUCUGCAAGGCUACCCCAACUCCAUAUCUUCUGGUCUCCACUACCCUCAUUUCCCCAUCAAAACCUGGACGUGUGCUAGUUCCCACAAUGUCCAGGGUGGACAAGGAGAGUACCCGUAACACCCCUAUUGUCCCCUCUCCUACUGUUGCUUCCCCACCUGUUCCUGAGCAGGACUAUGAACAUGUGUCCUUUCAUAAGAUCAUAGCAGGCAGUGUGGCUCUCUUCUUAUCAGUAGCCAUGAUCUUGCUUGUGAUCUAUGUCUCCUGGAAGCGUUACCCAAGUAGCAUGAAGCAGCUACAGCAGCACUCCAUGGUGAGAAAGCGCCGGAAAAAGGCGCGGGAGGCAGAGCGAACCCUUAGCUCGCCGCUACAGGAGUAUUAUGUGGACUACAAACCCACAAACUCUGAAACCAUGGACGUACUAGUCAAUGGGACAGGACCCUGCACCUAUACCAUCUCCGGCUCCAGAGAAUGUGAGGCACCACAGCAGAUGGGCCGGUUGGCAUUCUAUCGGUAUGAGCAGCCCCUCGUGGACUACUGUCAGGCUCACCAGCCUCUGCACAUCAGCAUGGGCUUUGACCCCCCGGCCCAGGCUGUGGAGGGGCGGGGGGCACGAGAGCGCAGCAUUGCCCCCAACUCCAACCUCCUCCCCUCCAUGCCUGUAGCAUCCUCUAUCAGCCUGCCGCAGUGAGCCCAAACUUGGGAAAGACUCACACACCCAUGCCCUUUCGCUCUUUUGCCCUCUCUCUUUCCCUGUCCUCAACAGACAUCACCAGAAGACUAAAUGCUCUGUCCCCAGAGUGAACAGGACCAGACUGAUCUAGGGGGAAAUGGAUGUAGGACAGAGCAGCAAAACUGAGAAUUCUAUUCAUAAUCCUUCACUGAGGGCACACACUGGGCUUUCCUGGUGUGUGUGGAGGUUUGUCCGUUCAUGUAAUGAGAUUUGAUUAUGUAAUUAGGCGUUUUCUCUCAAGCGCUUGCCCACUUUUAACCUUUUCGGUUAACCCUUAGAAGUCUAGGGUUAUGUUAGUAUCAUUGUUUUGCAAGUGCUAUUUAACUGAAAUUACACAAUAACAUGGUCAAUCACAUAGGUAUUACUUAAAUUAUUACAUUUAAACUCUGCAUACACUUUGAACUGGAAGUUUCAAGGGCUCUGAUUGGGCCCAGCGUACCUGGGAUUUAUUUAAAAUUCUUUUUUAUUUACGUUUUAUGAAUAAAUAACCAAAAAGGAAAAAAUUCUCUCAGUACAAUCGUGCAGUUCAAAAUUCAAUAAGCUGUGAUAACUGUGAAGUGUUUGCUCCUGAUCCACCAACACAAUCUCAAACACUAAGUUACAGUCUGUAAUGAUAAAUCUAAGCACUUCUCUGGAACGAGUCCUGCGUACGCAGCGAUGCCUUAGAAUUUUGGAGAUAAAUGUGGGUAGGACUGUUAUGUGGAUUGGAAGAGCACAGCUUGCUUUAAGCAUGAAAGUAACCGAGCACACCAUAUAGCGUUACAUAAACAGAUGAACUACAAACAGUUAUCCAACUAUGAAUGUGGCACAAUUAUGAACCAGCUCAUUAACACUCAAGGCAUAAAUGCCUUGAUAUUUCCAGCAUCUAAUCGUUAUGUUGGUCAUUGCUUCUGUGUGCAAAGCAAUACAAGUGUCGUUUUUGUGGCCUAUAUCCUUACCAUGAGAGAUUCGACCAACAUCCAAAUUUGUAAAAACUGCGUAAAUCACCUUUUUUUUUUUUUCUCAACAAUUGUUUUGACUUUUUAACCUGUGUCACAGCUUGCCUCAGCAUCUGUUUAGACUUUAAAUAAUUUUUAGCUGCCUUGUAGUCCUCUCAUAAAGUAAUUAGCUAAUAAUAUAACACUGAAAAAUGUGAAGCCAGGCUGCUACACCGUAAUUUGUUUGUUUGUUUUCAAUGGAAUUUCUCUGCUUCUCAGUGAUGCUACAAGCAAGAAAUGAUCAAUUUUGAACAACAUCAUGUUUUUGUUAUCAGUGAUACAGUGACUUCUAAGGGUUAACUCCUUGGUCUGAUUGUUUGUGAUAUGGUUGUAUAUGAUGCAAAAGCUGAAAGGACUCAACGUGAUUAAUAACCAUUAUUGCUCACAUUGACUCAACUGUAUCGAGUGUACACAUUUUGAAAAAUGAAUGUUGGCAUUUUCCCAGAGUAAGUAAUUAAAUGAGAAGUGUUCAUUAAGUCGAAUUGAGGGGGAAACAGAGCAAUAAGAGACGGAAUCGCCGAACAAAUUAAAGUUUAGCCGAGCUCAAAAGAGUUCCUUUCAGCUCCCUCUAAUGAGGCUGCCAGCCAGGGAGGCUCAUGGCCCAUCAAGCCUGUCAUGAGUGCAUUACGCAGAAUGAGCUACCCAAAUUCAAUUAUUCAAGGUGAGAUGAGGAAAAGUUACUUGGCAAAUGGGUCACACCAUGUGAAUUGCUCCGACGUAGUGUUAGUGUCCAUACUUUUUUUUUGAUUAAUGAGUUUUGUUGUUUGUUCGUUUGUUGAGUUUUUGUUAUUUUUUCUCCGUUUUGGGAAAAAGUAGUACGUUUAGUGGAUAUUAAAAUCCAGCCAUGUGUCUUGUCUUUUGUUGGUAGAUGAUUAGUUGUCGCCAAUCAUUUAAUUCACACUGCAUUUUCUAACAACCAAAUUAAAAGAAUACUCCAGCAUUUUUCUACCUAACCUCUAUCUGCUGCAUCUGUAGCAUAUGGUUGAUAACCACAGUAAAAAAUUUCCUUGUACUUAGUAAAAGCAAGAAAACCUAUUUACUCAGAACAUAUUAGGGUGUGGGAUGCAGUUUACUGAUCUGCCAUUUCGGCAGGGUUAUUAAGCCACCUAGGCUGGUCCUGAUUUUGCCGGAUCUCUAGAGCCAUGAACUAGCUAGGUAUGUUGGCAGAGCUGGAUCCAGAUCAGAUCAGAGUAAUCAAGGGAAACGAAAGGAUCAAGCAAAACAGACAGGAAAGGGAGUUUCACUCGACUAUUGAGAUGCAGUCCUUCACAGAUAGCAUUACAAAGCAGUGAGAUUAUCCAUAAACAUCAAGCUCGAUUCAUACUGCACUUGCAGUAAUUUAAUGGCAUAAAACUUUCCAAAUUAUUUAGGGAAUUUAGCAUCAGCUAUAUAACUAUUGUAUUAACAUCCACGUUUCAAAACAAAAGGUACAAGGUGAACUGUUAGCAUGUGUCUGUUUAUAGAUUGUUGUAGUUAGACAGUAACUGAGUUAAACAUGAAAUUAAUUGAGUGAAGUACACCAGUGACUGAGUGAAAUGACCCAAUAACUACAUUAAAUAUGCCAUGGCUGAGUGAAGUAUACCAGUGACUGAGUGAAAUGACCCAAUAACUACAUUAAAUAUGCCAUGGCUGAGUGAAAUAUACCAGUGACUGACCUGAAAUGACCCAAUAACUACAUUAAAUAUGCCAUGGCUGAGUGAAGUAUACCAGUGACUGAGUGAAAUGACCCAAUAACUACAUUAAAUAUGCCAUGGCUGAGUGAAGUAUACCAGUGACUGAGUGAAAUAACCCAAUAACUACAUUAAAUAUGCCAUGGCUGAGUGAAAUAUACCAGUGACUGACCUGAAAUGACCCAAUAACUAAAUUAAAUAUGCCAUGGCUGAGUGAAAUAUACCAGUGACUGAGUGAAAUAACCCAAUAACUACAUUAAAUAUGCCAUGGCUGAGUGAAAUAUACCAGUGACUGAGUGAAAUGACCCAAUAACUACAUUAAAUAUGCCAUGGCUGAGUGAAAUAUACCAGUGACUGAAUGAAAUGACCCAAUAACUACAUUAAAUAUGCCAUAGCUGAGUGAAGUAUACCAGUGACUGAGUGAAAUGACCCAAUAACUACAUUAAAAAUGCCAUGGCUGAGUGAAAUAUACCAGUGACUGAGUGAAAUGACCCAAUAACUACAUUAAAUAUGCCAUGGCUGAGUGAAAUAUACCAGUGACUGAAUGAAAUAACCCAAUAACUACAUUAAAUAUGCCAUAGCUGAGUGAAGUAUACCAGUGACUGAGUGAAAUGACCCAAUAACUACAUUAAAUAUGCCAUGGCUGAGUGAAAUAUACCAGUGACUGAGUGAAAUAACCCAAUAACUACAUUAAAUAUGCCAUGGCUGAGUGAAAUAUACCAGUGACUGACCUGAAAUGACCCAAUAACUAAAUUAAAUAUGCCAUGGCUGAGUGAAAUAUACCAGUGACUGAGUGAAAUAACCCAAUAACUACAUUAAAAAUGCCAUGGCUGAGUGAAAUAUACCAGUGACUGACCUGAAAUGACCCAAUAAUUACAUUAAAUAUGCCAUGGCUGAGUGAAAUAUACCAGUGACUGACCUGAAAUGACCCAAUAACUACAUUAAAUAUGCCAUAGCUGAGUGAAAUAUACCAGUGACUGAAUGAAAUGACCCAAUAACUACAUUAAAUAUGCCAUAGCUGAGUGAAGUAUACCAGUGACUGAGUGAAAUGACCCAAUAACUACAUUAAAUAUGCCAUGGCUGAGUGAAAUAUACCAGUGACUGACCUGAAAUGACCCAAUAACUAAAUUAAAAAUGCCAUGGCUGAGUGAAAUAUACCAGUGACUGACCUGAAAUGACCCAAUAACUAAAUUAAAAAUGCCAUGGCUGAGUGAAAUAUACCAGUGACUGACCUGAAAUGACCCAAUAACUAAAUUAAAAAUGCCAUAGCUGAGUGAAGUAUACCAGUGACUGAGUGAAAUAACCCAAUAACUACAUUAAAUAUGCCAUGGCUGAGUGAAAUAUACCAGUGACUGAAUGAAAUAACCCAAUAACUACAUUAAAUAUGCCAUGGCUGAGUGAAAUAUACCAGUGACUGACCUGAAAUGACCCAAUAACUAAAUUAAAAAUGCCAUGGCUGAGUGAAAUAUACCAGUGACUGAGUGAAAUGACCCAAUAACUACAUUAAAUAUGCCAUGGCUGAGUGAAAUAUACCAGUGACUGACCUGAAAUGACCCAAUAACUAAAUUAAAAAUGCCAUGGCUGAGUGAAAUAUACCAGUGACUGACCUGAAAUGACCCAAUAACUAAAUUAAAAAUGCCAUGGCUGAGUGAAGUAUACCAGUGACUGACCUGAAAUGACCCAAUAACUAAAUUAAAUAUGCCAUGGCUGAGUGAAAUAUACCAGUGACUGAGUGAAAUAACCCAAUAACUACAUUAAAUAUGCCAUGGCUGAGUGAAAUAUACCAGUGACUGACCUGAAAUGACCCAAUAACUACAUUAAAUAUGCCAUAGCUGAGUGAAGUACACCAGUGACUGAGUGAAAUGACCCAAUAACUACAUUAAAUAUGCCAUGGCUGAGUGGAAUAUCCAUUUAGGGCACACACCAGUUAGGAAAAAUCCUGCACAACAUGACGUUGAUUCCCAAGUUCUACAGAAGCCAAUGGGCAGAUACUGCACCACAAGCUGACUUUCCCAAAUUAUAAACAUGCUUCAAAUGGGGUUUUCUGUGUUUACAGGGACACACAUCAAAGUAAUUGUCUGGGGUGAACUAUCAAAAUGAUAUGGACACAGCAGAAAGGGAGUGGACUGAAAAAUGGUUUAAUAACCAAAAUGAAUCGUCCACAUAUGUGGGUUCUUCUUUUUUUUUUUUUGCUUCUUGAUGUUCUUUGUCCAGUAGUUAGUUACCUCCAUGUUAAAAGAGUGGUUUACAUAUGAAUGGAUUUGGUGUACUCAAGCUUAUCAUCUGUGCUAUUCUACCAGGAUCACCACGAUGAUGGGUCCAUCAACUGUUGCUUUUCUCUCACACUUCUACCUACGUCUUCUCCACUUGACACAAGAAUGGAUCCUAUUGUUCAUUUUUUGACAACUUUACAUUCCACACGCAGAGACGGUGUAAAUGUGGGGGCAAUGUUACACCCUUCAGACCUUGGACUUGUUUGUCUUGUAAAUAAUGUGUAAUUAAAAAAAGGAUGUCUUUGCUUCUUCAGAAACACAAUCUUGUGACCUAGAAGAGGAGCCUUAUCUUUACCCGAGGUGAGCUUGUAAACCACCAGAGUGUGUGUGUGUGUGUGUGUGUGUGUGUGUGUGUAUAUAUAUGCGUGCGUGAUUGCAUGCAUGUGUGUCUGAAAGAGAUACAGAGAUGGACUGCAUAUUUUGGAAUAUUAGGCUUGCUGUUUUAAAAAAGUGGAGAUGUUUAGGGUUUUUAUUUUUUACCUUUUCUUUAUUCCAUUUCAAAUGAUUGCAACAUAUGUUGGACGCAUCUGUUGGCUACGAAUGUGCGCGCUGGACAUCAGUUCUCCAUUAAUGAUUUAACAUGGUUUUCCCACCAAAUGUUUUAUACAAAGUAUUUAUGUGAUGACAAAAAAAAAGGAAAGCUACUGUAUGACUUUGUUUAUUCUCAUGCUCAUCUAUGGAAUAUGUUGUAGGCACUGAUCUGUUUCUGUUGCAAAAGCAAGACUGUGGAGAUCAUCUGAAUCAUCUGACUGUGUUUCCUGUAUACUAGCAAUCAAAGUAUUUCAUUUUGUCUAUACAACAGUUAUAAAAUGUAAAAUUUGACUGUCAA